AUGUCGGUAGAACUGAACACCGGUCACAAGAUUCCGCUUGUCGGACUCGGAACUUAUAAAAUUGUGGGCGAUCAGGUGAUUUUCCGCAAGCGCUUUAUAAAUAGAACAAAGAAUUUGCUUUCAGGUUUUGCCAGCCUUGGACCGAGCUCUAGAAGCCGGGUAUCGUCUGUUCGACACGGCAAAGGUGUACAAUAAUGAGAAAGAAAUCGGCGAGGCGCUGGAGGUACUGGCGGUAGAGCGUACUUGUAAACCUAUUUUCCGCUGCAGAUUCUUCUGCCAAAGUAUAAUAUAAAUCGAGAAGACGUCUUCAUCACCACUAAACUUCACCCAAACACCACGGAAAAUGUGAGAAAUUUAGUGGAAGAAUCGCUGAGAUUGCUGAAAACCAAGUACCUCUGAAAGUAGAAGCGCUUAUCAAUAAGAGAUCACAUUUGCAGCUACAUCGACUUGUACCUCGUCCAUUAUCCGAAAUCGUUCGCUUUCUCGGACGAUGCGCCGGAGAACUCGAAGCUUCGAUUUGAGACGUGGCAAGCGCUUGUGUCUGCGAGAAACGAAGGAAAAAUCCGAUCGAUCGGAGUGUCCAGCUAUGAAGUUAGACAUUUGGAAGAGCUGAAAGAUGAAGUACGCAUAGGUGCUCCCACGAGAACUUUGGAAAUAUAACUUUUGUAGGCGGAGGAACCAGUCGUCAAUCAAGUGGAAUAUCAUCCGCAUUUCACUCGAAAAGAGCUCAAGGACUAUUGCACAAGUCAUGGAAUUUUCUUCCAAGCAUUUUCCUCCUUGGCCAGACACAACGAGGCACUCUUUUCGGCGCCAAUCGUCACCCAACUUGCGGAGAAAUAUCACGUUCCCAAGACGGUAAGGGAACUAAAGUCCACUAUCGUAUCCUGAUGGUUCAGACGAUUCUUCUGUCAUGGGCCACAAGUCAAGGCGUUGGAGUGAUUCCGAAAUCGACGAAUUCGGAACGAUUGAGACAGAACCUGAAGGUUGUGAAGUUGAGCGAUGAAGAUGUGGAGGCGAUCUCUGCGCUCAAUUUGAACAAGCAUUACGUACGAACCACCGGAUGGUUGGUCAAGUAA